AUGGUACAGGAGACGAAAGACCGGCAAGAGGACGCCGACACCGAGUACGGAGCGAUGAACUCCGCCGUGAGCACCGAGUCGAUGGACAUGACCGAGGAGCAGGAGAUGUCGCAGGCUGAGGGGUGUCUGAGCGGCGGCUCGGAGGACGAUGACGAGUGCGCCUCCUCGCCAGCCGGCUCCACAUACGAGGAGUCGGGCGACGGCAUCAAGGGCGCCAUGAGCGACGAGGUCACCAAGCAGCUGGCGGCCGCAGGUCCGGUGGGUAUGGCGGCGGCGGCGGCGAUCGCCUCCUCGAAGAAGCGCAAGCGGCCCCACUCGUUCGAGACCAACCCCUCGGUGCGGAAGAGGCACCAGAACAGGCUGCUGAGGAAGCUCAGGCAAACGAUCGAGGAGUUCGCGACGCGCGUGGGCCAGCAGGCGGUGGUGCUGGUGGCGACGCCGGGCAAGCCCAACACCUCGUACCGCGUGUUCGGCGCCAAGCCGCUCGAGGACGUGGUGCGCAACCUGCGCUGCAUGAUCAUGGAGGAGCUCGAGAACGCGCUCGCCCAGCAGUUCGGGCUGGGCGGGUGCCCGCAGGCGCCGCCGCCGCCGCAGGACGACCCCUCGCUGUUCGAGCUGCCGCCGCUCAUCAUCGACGGCAUCCCCACGCCCGUCGAGAAGAUGACGCAGGCGCAGCUGCGCGCCUUCAUACCGCUCAUGCUCAAGUACUCCAUGGUGCGCGGCAAGCCGGGCUGGGGCCGCGAGUCGACGCGGCCGCCCUGGUGGCCCAAGGACCUGCCCUGGGCCAACGUGCGCAUGGACGCGCGCUCCGAGGACGAAAAGCAGAAGAUGUCGUGGACCCACGCCCUGCGCCAGAUCGUGAUCAACUGCUACAAAUACCACGGCCGCGAGGAUCUGCUGCCCGCCUUCUCGGAGGAGGACGACAAGCCGCAGACGCAGCCGAUGUCUCAAUACGCGCCGGCAGUUCUUCAGACCAUCACCAACCCCGACGGCACUGUGUCACUGAUCCAGGUGGACCCGGGCAACUCCAUCAUCACUUUGCCAGACGGCACCACCGCACAAGUAGUCAGUAUCCAUGGUGAGAGCGGUGCCAGUGGCGUGGAUGGUGCAGUAGCGGUGGACCUGAACGCGGUGGCAGAAGCCACGCUCAACCACGACGGGCAACUCAUACUCACCGGCGAGGACGGUCACGCGUAUCCCGUGUCGGUGUCUGGAAUGAUCACUGUGCCAAUGUCGCCGUCGGUGUACCAGUCUGUGAUGGCCUCCAUGCAGCAACAGGACGGCGUUUGCGUCACACCGAUAGUGCAGGUCGAGCAGGGAGGCGAAACGCUGGAGGCGCUGUCCAUGGGCGGCGGGGUGGCGCAGGUGAUGCUGCAGAGCGGUGGCGAGGCGCAGGUGCUGCAGGUGCUCAGCCUCAAGGACGCCACGGCGCUCUCUAAGGCAAUGCAACAACAGCAGCAGCAGCAGGUGAAGUCGGAACGAGAGGCGGUGGUGAGCGAGUCC